GUGACCCGAAGACGACCGGAGCAAAUUCCGGACACAAAGAUCUCAAAUUUCGACACUUUAUCGAUUUUCUUACAUCACCCAAACAAAAUCUGAGUUUAGACUCCAAACCGGACAGAUCUUUCUUCUCUUUCCAGAUCCUAAAUCUUCAUCUCCUACAGAUCUGCAUAAAUGGCGGUUACUCCCUGAUUCAGAAACGGAAAAGAAGAAAGCUUUCUGCUUAAACUUUACCCAUUACUUUAAUGGCGGAUCCUCGAAACGGCAAGUCCUUCUUUUUCUGUUUCUCCCUCAUAAUCUCCUUCACUCUACUUUUCAUUUCGCCGUCGUAUGCCACCGAGUCUUCGGUUAUCGAAGAUGUUUCUACCGAUGUAGCUGUCUCUGUUAGCGAACCCGAUAGAGAAGCUGUUCUUUUGCAUAAUCUAGAGGAACUCGUUAAGAAUCUGACGGAAUUAGUCGCUAAUCUAGAUGCUAAGUUAUCUGAAACUUUAUCAAAGGAGAAGAACGAGAUCACCAAAUCAGACGAUGAUGAUAUCAGAGAAGAGAAGGAGAGAGGAGGAGGAGGAAGAGCUAAGGCGUUUUCAGUGACUAAAUACAGUCCGUUUUGGUCGGAGAGGUUUCAGUUUACAUCAGCUGUGAAACUCAAUUCCGAUGCGACUUGUAUCAAUGUAUUGCCGUUUAAAGAUUUCGAAGGUUCGAGCAAGUACUUUGCAAUUGGUGAUUCUAGAGGUAGAGUUUAUGUGUUCUUGAGAAAUGGUGAUGUUUUGAUUGAGUUUUUCACCACUGUUGAUUCUCCGGUUACAGCUAUGGUUUCAUAUUUAUCGGUGUUUAAGAACUCGAGUUUCGUGGUUACCGGUCAUCAGAAUGGUGCGGUUUUGUUGCAUCGGAUUCACGAGGGAUCGAAUGGGGAAGAUUGGAACUCGAAUUCGGUUUCUAUGGAACAUGUUGGGAAGUUUGAUGUGGAUGAUUCGGCUGAUCCUGUGACUUUGUUGGAAGUGCAUCAUGUGGGUCGGGUUAGGUAUAUAUUGGCGACGGAUUUAAGCGGGAAGCUCACGGUUUUAACUGAGAACAGGACGGUUUAUGGGUCGGUUAUUCCAUCGAGUAGACCGCUUGUGUUCUUGAAGCAGAGAUUGUUGUUUCUUACUGAGUCUGGUGCUGGUUCCUUGGACUUAAGAAGCAUGAAGAUAAGAGAAACUGAGUGUGAAGGACUAAACCAUUCGCUUGCCAGAACUUAUGUUUUUGAUGCUGCGGAACGGUCUAAAGCUUAUGGAUUCACAUCCGAGGGCGAGAUCAUUCACGUAUUGCUUCACGGAGAUAUAAUGAACUUCAAAUGUAGAGUUAGAUCCAAGAAAAAGUUCCAAAUGGAGGAGCCAGUAGCUUUACAAUCAAUCAAAGGCUAUCUUCUCGUUAUCAACGAAGAAAAGGUUUUCGCUUUCAAUGUAUCGACUCAGCAUUAUGUUCGUACUGCGGGUCCUCGGCUUUUGUUCUCUGCAGGAUUAGAAGAGAUCAGAUCCGCGUUCUUGAGCCAUCGCGAAUCAUCUUCAAGAACCGCAGUAGUAAAGACGAGGCCUUUGAUAGCUAGCGACCGGGAAAACCUUCUUGUGAUUGGUUUAGAAAACGGAUAUUUCGCUGUUUACAAAUCGAAGCUUCCAACUCUCAAAGGAGACUUCAACACAAUGCUUUGGAGCAGUCCUGUGUUCUUCUUCAUACUAUUUCUAUUCGGGGCUUGGCAUUUCUUCGCCAAGAAGAAAGAGUCUCUCACUGCAUGGGGACCAGAUGAUCCUUUUACUCCAACCGGCGCACAAAACAGUUCGGCGAAAGAGCCAACAUUUACUGAACCUUCAAGAAGAAACGAUGACCUGAUGGAUCUACGGAGAAGGUAUGCUGGUGGCUCGUACCGGUCAGUUGGAGCUAACGACCAGAGUUCUAGAGCUCCAGUGGAUGGAAACUAUAGAACAACCGCUCAGGAUCAUAACAAUUAUCGCGGCGGCUCAGGUCUUGAUUCAAACGGUUUUGGUAAUAGAAGAGACCAUUUGUUUGGUAACAACAAAGUUUUGGACAACGAAAGUUAGAAUCUUUGGAUUACUUGCAAAUUCUGGCUCGUAAUCACCACUUCAAAAAUUGUAAUCUUUGUAAGUUUAUAUAAACGCUAAAGUUUUUUUUUAUUACUCGUUCGUUUUUUAACCGGAAAGUCUCUUGAAAUUUUCGAAUAAUGUAAAACUCUGGUCAAAGAAUAAUUAUACUUUGCCAAUUUUCUAUAUAGAUGAAUUUAAAUAUAAGUUUGACAGCUUA